GCGACACCCUCCAGGCUACUUCGCCUCUAGUUCCGUACAUUUCUUUUUUAAAAUCUCAAAGAUUGAAAAUUAAGACUCCUGUUUUCAUGGUUAAUGGAUAUUUGGAGGUGGGGGGAGUCUGGCUCCUCAGACGCCAUAGAAGCCUGGAUCACGCUACACAGAGAGACAGAGACAUCCCAUGUGAAACGCCGAAGUGCUCCUUUCAGACUAGUGGAUAGGGCACUCUAGGGUUUUCUUAGCUCGGUGCUUCUUAGAGUCCUGGCAGUCUUUGGGUGGCGUCAGAACGUUUCCGGGCGAAGUUGCUGGCAGGGCACCAUGUCGGAGCUGAGCGAUGAGGCCAGCGAGUCGGAGCUGCUGAACCGCAGCCUGUCCAUGUGGCAUGGGGCGGGGCAGAUGGCCUGUGCCCAAGAGCUGGACGUCCCGCUGGACCUUCACACGGCAGCCUCGAUCGGCCAGUAUGAGGUGGUGCAGGAGUGCAUCAGACGAAAGGAGUUGGACCUGAAUAAGCGCAACUGCGGGGGCUGGACCCCACUGAUGUACGCCUCUUACAUCGGCCACGACACCAUCGCGCACCUGCUGCUGGAGGCGGGCGUGGAUGUGAACGUCCGGUCGCCCGAGGGUCAGACUCCGCUGAUGCUGGCUGCCAGCUGUGGGAACGAAAGCGUGGCCUACUUUCUCCUCCAGCAAGGGGCCAGCUUGGAGAUGACCGACAUCCAUGGCUGGACUGCCCUCCUCCACUGCACCAGCACUGGCCACCAGCAGAUGGUCAAGUUCUUAUUGGACAACGGAGCCAACGCCAACUGCAGGGAGCCCUUUUGUGGAUACACCCCUCUGAUGGAAGCAGCCGCGUCUGGCCACGAGAUCAUCGUCCAAUAUCUCCUCAAUCACCAGGGUGUGAGAGUGGACGUACGGGACAACUCCGGAGCCACCGCACGGAUGCUGGCCAAGCAGUAUGGCCACACAAAGAUUGUGGGGCUGAUAGACUUACACACGGCCCCUGUGCCCAAGGUCCUCUGCAGGGGUCCAGGGAAAUACGAAGACCUGAGCUCAUCGGAUGAAUCCUCUUCCGCUCCUCAGCGGCAGAGGCCUGCACGGAAAUCCAGGGGCCCCAGUAUCCACGAAGGGCCCCAUGCUUUGGCCAAGAUAACAGCGGUCCGGGUCGAAGAGAAAAGCCCUUCGCGUUAUGAGCAGGUCCCUCCCGAAGGCUACGUGACCUUUAACAAUGAUGGAAGCAGUUCGGAUGGAGGAGAUCUGCGUUACAGGGAUGUCACGUCUCCGAUUAACGAGCACGACGUGGAAACCUGCAGCAGCCAAGAAGAGAAUGCCCUCUUUGCCAACAACUUGGGCACCAUUGGAACCACCACCAGCAGCAGCAGCGAAGGCCUGGCCAGAGCCGUUGGGGUCAGCAGCGAGGGCUCCCUGGAGAGCAAUGAGGAUUCAGACCACGCUGGGAAGCUCUCCAGCCGAAAGCACGCCAAGAGCUACGUGAAGGCGAAGAACCGCUACAGCAACAGUGACAGCCACUGGUCUUGCAGAUCCAGGGUGUCCAAUCAGCACUGCAUCCCCUCGAACCCCGAGACUCCAUCCUACACGGGGCCCCAGGAUCUCGCCACUUUCCUGGAGCAGAUCGGCUGCCUCAAGUACCUGCCGGUGUUUGAGGAGCAGGACGUCGACCUUCGCAUCUUCCUGACGCUGACGGAGAGUGACUUGAAGGAGAUCGGCAUCACUCUCUUUGGACCCAAGAGGAAGAUGACCUCUGCCAUUGCCCGAUGGCACAGCAACGCCCUCCCUCCCAGCGACGCCCUGGAGCUGGCCUACGCAGAUCGCUUAGAGGCAGAGAUGCAGGAGCUGGCUAUUCAGCUGCACAAGAGGUGUGAGGAGGUGGAGGGGCUGAAGGGGCAGGUGUCCCAGGAGCAGGAGCUGCGCGCCGUGGUGGAGAGCUGCCUCAUGGAGCAGGACGUCGCCCGCAGCGACACCCAGGCGACGUUGCGGGAAGCGCUGGGCAUCACCAGGAGCGCCACGCUCCUCCUAGAACAGCUGCAGGCCUGUCAGGCAGAGCUGGCUUCCCGGGUGAAGCGAGAGCAUGCAGCUGACCGACGGCUGGACGUUAAAGCACAGCUGGGCAUUGGCCCGGAAGGCUGGCCCGCCGUCUUGGAGGUCUUCAGCCUGCCUGAGCUGUCGGCUGUUCUGGAGGAGCGCGUGGGAGAAGUGGGGAAGGCCCUGCGUUCAGUCGGCCGGACUCUUGAGAGGCUACAAAGUCCAGAGAAGGGCAAGCCGGCCCGGAAACAGCCCUAGCAGCAGAGGAAGAGAACCUGACGUCGGGUGACGGUUCCACCCGGAAGCGAUGUUUGCCUGGGGGAGAGUGUGCGGGAGCCGGCGGGACGGCACAGGCAGUCUGCGGCCAGAGCCAUCGCUCCCUUUCCAGGGGGCGCUGGUGGGAUGCUACGGCACAGAAGGGUUGUCAAGUCUGCGGGGCGAAGCAGAGACCCCGCGGCGGAGGGGCUACGACUGGAUCCUGCCACGGAACCGGAAGAACCGUGAGCAAAGCUUUCCCUCCUGAGCCUGGGAAUUCCGAGCUUGGGCAGCUUGACCGUGGGCUCUCUUGUGGUGGGAGGUGGUCUGAUAUUUCUGGAAGGGCCCUUGGUUUCAGCAGCUGGGUUCCUCUCUCUCUGUCUGUCCUUCCCCUCGCUCCCCCCCACCCCCAAAUACGGACAAGAGGAAAGAUGGCAAGAAUGGGCACUUGUGUCCCGGGAACUUGUCCUCUAUCGCGGGGGGUUGGUCUGUUAGAGCGAUGCUUCCCUCGAUUCCGCAGGAGGGCAUGGACUUUCCCGGGCCCUCUGAGCACAGCCCGCUCUUGUUUUUAUGGGGGUCACUUUGCCUCGGAUGGGCAAGAAGAGAGACAAGGGUGGCUGGUAUUUUUAACACGGUUUUUAAACUUUUAUAUGGAAAUCGGUGAUUUUAAGUGGGCUGGGGGUGCAAGCUAGCCCCUGGGGCUCAGGACAGUGGGUUCCCCCUGCUCAACUAGAAGCAUAAGCCGGCAGUGCUGGUGACGCGGGAUGUGAUGCACCUAUUCCUCAUGGAAGCCAAAUAGUGUCUUGCGAAGCCUGUCCCAACUCGCUUUGGGAGGAGAGGUAACCUUGUUGUUCUUCUGACCUGCUCCUGACGAGCGCAUGUCAGCCCACAUGCUCCCCUGCGACUUCGUCCGCUUCGCUCAAGGCUAAUGUUCAGGCGGGAUGUCGGGAAUGCGCAAAUGAAACGAGGAGUGUGUGUAUCAUUGCAAGGGAGGCAGGCACAGCUGCCUGUAGCCAACAUCUGCUCUGCGGCAGACUCGUGUUCUGCGACACGGAGGUGUGGAAUAACCCGGAGCGUGGACGCUGGCAGCACUUCUGGGCCUUGGCUUCCCAGAGAUGGCACCCGUUUUUAGCAGGAUGUGGGAGGCCGCUGUGGAUGCAACCCUGCUGAUCUCCCUGGCAAGGAGAAAAGACGUGGGUGUGGGCGGGCGUCUCUAAUAGGACUGUCCUCACGAUCAGCCUUGGGGCAGGAGAUGCAUCCGACCCGAAUUCGGCAGCCAUGCACGCUCCUGAUUUAGCCAUCGUGAGAAUUCUACAUGCCAGGGCGGCGGAGAGGAAAAUGCUCAUCUGUGAGCUGGGGCAGGGGGAGGCCGGCGGCAGCGGGGAGUCGAGAACAAGUACCCAGCUGCAGAGGGAGGGUGGAGGGUAAGUGCACACAUGCAUGUGCGCACACCUUCCUUUUCACCACGUCCUGCCUUUCUUGCAGGAUUCUCACAAUGGCCGAUUUGGGAGCCCAAGUCACAGGCUCCCAAAUUAGGGUUGGAGGCUUCUCUUACCCUAAUAUCUGUCUUGCAAAUGUUUGGGCUGUUCUCAUCCUUGCUCACCUUAAACCUCGCAAGCAUCCAAUGAGGUAGUAAACCUGUGUCUGGCCCAUACCAUUCCAAGUUGAGGGCAGGAUGAUAUAUAAUUGCUCCUCCAUCUUAUGAAACCCCUCCUCCAAGAGCAGGAAUUCCCCACCUUGGGUCCCCAGAUGCUGCCGGACUACAGCUCCCAAGGCCCUUGUGGCUGGGGAUGAUGGGCGUUGUAGUCCAGUGGCAUUUGGGCACCCAAGACGUCGGGCCCAAAGGCUGGGAUAGAAUCGGACAGCUAGGCUGGCAUAAGUUGCACACAGUACAGAUCUAACAGCUUAGAACCGGGUAUGUGCCCUCUUUCCAGUCUCAGGAAGGAUACGCCAAGAUUAGUGGGUGUGUACAUCAUGCCCAGUAGAAUUCCUGGCAUAUUCUACCCUACUUGCAGCACGGCACCUCUGCAACUGAGAUUUAAAGAGCGGGAUAGAUUGCCAAUCCCUUGCCACAAGUAGGGUAGACCAGGCCAAGACUGAGUGUGAUGCAUGAACUCACCAAUCUCGGAAUAUUGUUCCCAAGACCGCAAGUGGGGCUGCCACAUCUCAGCCAAGCCUCCCAUUCUGUGCGAAGUGUGAAGCUAGCCUUGAUUUUUCUACAUGCAAGCAAGAGGGUUUUUUGUUUUUGGCACAGAGGUGCGUGUGUUCCAGUGAGCGCCUGCUAAAACAAUAUAGCCCAGAUAGGGCUUGUCCACUCCAUGUAAGACCAAAGCAUUGGUGGCUAUAAAAAAAGCUGCAAGUGGUUUUGAUAGGCCAAGGGGAAGGGGGAAGUGCUUUUUCAAACAGCCAGUCCUAACCUUUAAUCCUCAAAGUGUACUAUAUAUAUGUAUUGCCUGUCUGUGUUGAGCCAGUAUCUUCUGCUACAAGAGAGUUGAGUGGCCAGAACAGUGCUGUGGCGGCUUCCCCUUGGGUUGAUGCCAGCGCCCCCUGCAGGCUAUUUUCAGAGUGGAAGUCAGGAAUUGGGCGGGGGGAGGCGCUAUCUCCAGUAGCCAAACAUUUAUAUCAUGACAGUGGAGUUGGUGGGCUGGUGGGGGAAGCAUUUUCUUUCCCAAUUCUUAUAUUUGGUGACAAAUUCAACAUGCACUGUUGCAAAUAAAUCAAUCUUUUGACCCAGCGUCUCAACGGCACUGUCCU